GUGAAAGGCAUCACAGGAAGCUGCUGAAUUUCUUCACUGAAUUUCUUCAAGAUGUUGAGGAUCACUCUGUGUUUGUCAUUCGGUGUGUUUCUGUGGGGAUUUGCUUCAUGCUCUAUCACGUGUCCUGAUGGGAGUACUUGUUCAGACAAUACCACCUGCUGCAAGGCUAAUAUCGGAUAUGGCUGCUGCCCAUAUCCAAAUGCCAUGUGCUGUGCCGACCUGCUCCACUGCUGCCCUUCAGGAUAUCGCUGUAACCUGGCUACCAUGAAUUGUGAGAAAUUAGACCAGCCGUGGCUGACCAUACCCAUGGUGAAGAAGGAGGCUGCGGAGAAACCAGCCCCCCCUGAACUGCCUGGAACUCCACUCCAGGAGCUGAAAGAGAGCCACGUCCCAGAUCAAAUAAAGAGUUCAGUGGUCUACUGUGACAGUUACACCUACUGUCCUGAUGGUACUACUUGCUGCAGACACCCACAAGGAGGCUGGACCUGUUGUCCCUACUCUCCUGGCAAAUGUUGUCUGGAUGGCUACCACUGUUGUCCAUUUGGAUUUGACUGUGACCGAACCUACCAGCACUGUGUGAGGGAAAAACUCACAUAUCCUUUCCUCCGCAAGCCAGCACUACCUUCAGGACCUGCGUCCUUCAUCCCAUCUUCAGAGGACAAAGAAAACUAGAAGAAGGGACACAGGAAGCAGAUUUUCAGCUGUUGUGACUAUAGAUGUACCUGCAACCCCUCCUGCGUUAUGGUAACACAUGCUGAGAUGGCUUUAAAGUCCACUGUGAUAGAUUUUUUUGGUUAUUUUUGUUAAACAUUGUCCUAAAAUUCUUUUUGCCAUGCUGAAGAAUAGUACACAGGUGUAAAAAAUUGUGAAAAUUAAAUCUUAUACUUUCAAAUGAACAUUUAAUUUCUUUUUGUUUUAAUUUGUCAGAAGGUUCAAUAAAUCCUCCACUUUCAGAAAAUUUUAAUUUUCUGGCAAUUAUUUCAUGGAUGAAGCUUUACAGGGUUAAGUUAAUGUUACUGCAUAUUAUGUAAUGGAGAGUCACCAAUUAUUGCUUUAGUAAUGGAAAUGUGCUUUUUAUCUAUUCCAUUGUCUUAUAUUGCCCCUGUGACUGAGUGUCAGUGAGUAUAGACCAGCAUGUUGAAUUUAAGGUAGUAAGGUGAAAGGCUUCUGAUUUGUUUUAUGGUUUCUUCCUUCCUUUGUGUACUUUUCACACUUGACCAAUAAAAAUAACAUC